UGCUCUCUUAGCAUGUUUAGGUCUCCUAUACACUCCCCCUACACCCCAUUCGAACCCCAAAGAUAUAAGAGAGCAAAACGCAUCCACACAACCCAAGAGAGAAGGAAGGAAGAGAGCAGUCCGCAGGUUCGUUCUUCAGUGCGUAGUGCUGAUUGUUUGAGCGAUAACUUGAGAUUGACUCGUCCAAUUAAGGCGUAUAAGAUACCAAAAGAAAUCUCUCAAGACGAGGAAUCCGUGAUGGUCUGGUUUGCAUCAAUCAGAGUAGUGGAAGACUUCCAAAUCGUCCGAGCAAAACACAACCUCGCAGGAACGGAUUUACUCUCCUAAAGAAACGAGUUAACCGGAAAACACCAAUUCUAGGGGCCGUUUUCGUAUCAAUGAUUAGGGGUUGAACUAGCACUUUGAAGAGGCUGUUUAACACUCAAUUCCAAGCAAGGAAUCAGUUCUCAAACCUUCUUGGCUGAGGCUUUGUUCAUUGGAGUGAGAAGGAAGGUUUUAAAGCUCAUUUGAGGUGAGGAUUGACAUUUAGUUGCUUACAACUUGUAGGUUAAGCAUGAGAUUACCUAAAUGCCUAAAUCAUGUUUUCCAUGGAUUAUGAUGAUAAAUUAUUGAUGGAAUAUUGAUCUAUUUUCCAAAGAAUGAAAUGGGAGAUGAUUUGGUAAAGUAUUGAUAAAAAUGGAGUUAAAUGAACUAUUGUGUGAAAUAGGCAUUUUACUCAUGUGUGAAUUGUGUAGAUACAUAAAUGAUUAUUUAUGUAUUACAUUGGAAGAUUAAGUUGCUGCUACAUAUCUCUAAAUAUGUAGGGUUUUACAAAUGGAAUAUAUGAUGGAUAAGAUUAAUUUUAAUAGUAUUGAAAUACUAGUUAAUGAUUGUUGUAAUUGAUAAGGAAUUGAAUCUAAGGGUUUGAUUGUAAUUGAUGUACUUGAUUGUGAUGUAAGUGACUAAAUUGAUGUAAUGUGAUGCUAAGAUCAUGGUUGGGCAGUCCUUAAGGAUGUCCCAAAAUAGAUUAUCGAUAUUACAAAUUCUAGGCAUAGCGAGUGCUUAGGAAUUGGGGUCUAUGCCAAUGUAAGGAGAUGUACUUGAGCCCGUGCUCAUAGAAUUGCAUUGGGUAGACAUGAUGUGGUGAUUGAUGUGCAUGGUGAUGUAGUUGAGUUGGACUCAAGAAAUGCACGGUGGAGUAAUUAACUUGUGUUAAAUAAGGUGCAUGGUGAUGUAGUCGAGUUGGACUCGAGAAAUGCAACCAUAUGUGUUAGGGUUGAACCCUAUGUUUUGUUGUGACUAGGGGUCACGAGAUUUGGGCUAUGUUUGGUAAACAAACCUUGGGCCUACGGGCCGACUACUUGACUUUAUAUAUAAAGUAAGUAUAUUUUGAAAAGGGGUAACUGGGGGUUACGGCCUAGAUUAUAUUAUCACCCUAUUUGAGGGUCUUGUGUUUGAAAUACUUGUUGUAUAUCUAUUAGAUGCCAUCCACACCAGCACUUUAUAGCCCUAUAGAGUGCUGAUCCCUUCGGGGGCGUCCCACUACCAUUUUUCAGGUUGAGGCUAGAGCUUGUUUCCUGUGCUCGUUGCUCGAGAGAUCAUCUAGGAGAGAAGACUUGGUUCGUGCUCCCUCCAUUCUGUUUUUAAACAUUAAUAAACAUGCUCAUGAAUAUUUUACUAUAGAGCCUGCGUGCUCAUGUUUGCCACGUGUGGCACUUGUUUUCAAACUAUGUUUUCCGCUACGUAUUCGAUUGCUUAUUAUGUUGUUUAUGGAUGGCUUACGGGUGAAUGAUAUUCGAGACGCCUUGUAUAAUA